UGGGAGCCGUGCGCACGGGAUGGUGCCUUGAGUGAAUGACCGCUUUGGAGAGAGAUCUUCCGUGUCCCUCGCUGUGACCCAGCCCAGCCAGAAAACGGAGGAAGGCUCCGCAGACCCCGUGCCCCCCGGGCCUCUUCUGCACAGCAAGACUCCUAUCUGCUCCGUGGCUUCCAGGAGCCUGGAGACGAGAGGCGCCCAGUCCUGGCUCAUGUGUGGGGGACCUCGCUGGCCAUGGCGCGCCUACUCUGCUUCCUGCUGCUGCUGCUGGGGCUCUGUGGGGAUCUGGUUUCAGGAGGGCAGCCCUCAGCCCCACGCCCUCCGGACGCUUUGAACUACACAUUGCCUACAGCGAAAUACAGGAUCCAGCAAGCCUACGAGGUGGGGCCCAUCGGCGCUCUCUUCCGCAUGGUGCAUGUCUUCCUGUACGUGGUCCAGCCGCAUGCCUUCCCUGAAGAUACUGUAAGAAAAAUCAUACAGAAGAAGUUUGAGCCUUCAGUUGACUAUGAAAAGGUUGUCUACUACGAGAUGGGGAUCAUCAUCUGCAGUUUCCUGGGACUGCUCUUUAUCCUCCUGAUGCCCCUGGUGGGCUGCUUCGUCUGCGUGUGUCGCUGCUGCAACAAGUGCGGGGGGAAGAUGCACCAGCGGGAGAAAGAGGACAUGCUGUUCCGCAGGAAGUGCCUGGGCGCCGCCCUCCUGGUGAUCAGCAUCCUCAUCAGCCUUGGUAUCAUCUACGGCUUAGUGGCGAACCACCAGGUGAGGACGCGGGUGAAAAGGACGCGGAGACUGGCGGACAACACCUUCAGAGACCUGCGGACCUUCCUGAACGAGACUCCGAAGCAAAUCAAGUACAUAUUGGCCCAGUACAACACCACCAAGGACCUGGCAUUCUCCGAUUUGAACAAUGUUAACUCGAAACUGGGAGGUGAGAUCUGUGAACAACUGAAGCCUGUGGUGAUUCCAGUCCUCGAUGACAUCAAGGCCAUGGCCUCAGCCAUCAAAGAGACCAAGGAGGCCCUGGAGAACAUGAAGAGCAGCUUGGACAGCCUGGACAGCGGCAGUGAGCAGCUGAACAGGAGUCUGACGGACGUCAAAACCAGCAUGGAGCAGUCCCUCAACGACCCCCUGUGCUUGGUGCCGCCGGGGAUGGAGACUUGCAACAGCAUCCAGACAUCUCUGAGCCAACUGCAGGGCAACUCUGAGCUGGGUCAGCUCCCAUCAGUGGAUGCAGAACUUAACAAAGUUAAUGAUGUUCUGAGUACUGAUUUGGAUGGCAUGGUUGAACAGGGCUACAAAUCCUUCAAUGACAUACCUGAGAGGGUACAAAACCAAAGCUCGGCCGUCAUAGCAGAGAUCAAAAAGGUCUUGGAUUCCACUGGUUCAGAAAUCGACAGUGUAACCCAGCAGCUCCCUAUCAAGGAGACCCUGGACAAUUUCAUCGGUUACAUGAAUGAAUCUGAGAAGUACCUCCACGACAUUUUGCCCAAGGUGGAAGAAGCUGAUUCCUACUGGUGGCUGGUUUGCUUGAUCAUCUGCUUCCUGUUGACUCUCAUCAUAAUUUUCUUUAACUUGGGCUUACUGCUGGGCGUAUGUGGCUACAACAGACUGGCCACCCCCACCACCAGGGGCUGCGUCUCCAACACUGGAGGCAUCUUCCUCAUGGUAGGGGCUGGAUUGAGCUUCCUCUUUUCCUGGAUAUUGAUGCUCCUCCUGGUUGUUGCUUUUAUCGUUGGUGCAAAUAUGGAAAAACUGAUCUGUGAACCUUACGCGAACAGGAAGCUAUUCCGGGUUUUGGACACACCCUAUCUUCUGAAUGAGGAAUGGAAGUACUACCUCUCUGGCCUGGUUCUUAGUAAACCAGACAUUAAGCUCACUUUUGAACAAGUUUACAGCGACUGCAAAGAUGAUAAAGGCAUUUAUACCACACUUCAGCUGCAGAACCGCUUCAACAUCACCGAACAGCUCAACAUCGGACAGCAUACUCAAAAACUAGUCAGGGAAUUUGAAAGCAUGAACAUAAAUCUUGACGGCAUCGUUCUGCUGGGGGACUCAGGAAAAAGAAACCUGCAGGAAUUUUCUGAAUGUGGAAUAGACAAAAUCGAUUAUGCCAGCUACCUCACACAGACUGGAAAAUCCCCCACAAAAGUGAACCUUUUAUCAUUUGCAUACGAUCUAGAAGCCAAAGCCAACCAUUUGCCCCCAGGAAAUUUGAAAAACUCCAUGAAGGAGGCUGCACAAAAUAUUACAGCAAUUCAUGAGCAGCAAGUCAUUCCGAUGGAACAGUCACUGGUCACUUUGCACAGAAGUGUCAAGACACUGCAGCGCACUAGCGGCAGCUUGCAGGGAGUGAACAAGACCCUUUACUCUUUGGAUGACGCCCAGAACUUCGUCACAAGAAAUAUUUCAUCUAUUAUUAUUCAAGAAACUAAGAAGUUUGGGAGAACUAUAACAUCACAUUUUGAAUAUUAUCUGCAGUGGGUUGAGUAUGCUAUCACUGAGAAACUGGCAUCCUGCAAACCCGUGGCCACGGCCCUGGACUCCACUGUCCAAGUCGUUUUUUGUACCUACCUCACCGACCCUCUGAAUUUGUUUUGGUUUGGCAUAGGAAAAGCUACUUUGCUUUUGCUUCCGGCUCUAAUUCUUGGUAUAAAGCUGGCCAAGUACUAUCGUCGGAUGGAGUCAGAGGAUGUGUAUGACGACGAUGUUGAAACUGUACCCCUGAAAAAUGUGGAAUAUGGUAAUAAUAGUUAUCAUAAAGACCACUUCCAUGGUGUCCACAACCCUGUGCUGACCAGGUAAACAAUCUGGCAGGUGCAUGCCUGCCCGUGGUAGACCUGCUAUAGCUGUGGCAAUGAGCCUUCUGC